CAUACUUACAAACGGCAUUGGAUGCCGCAUGGCUUAUAACUUCUGUAAUAUUCGCUCAGGGCCGCGACGCCAACUCUGCGACGAGCAUGCGUCACGCGGCUUGGUCGAGCGCGGCCUGCGGCCCUGCGCCGUGGCAGCGGCGACGGCGGUGGUGGUAAAGGGCCUGGCCCCAGUGCCCCACCAGCAGCAGCAGCAGCAGCAGCGGCGGCAGCAGCAGCGGCAGCGGCGGCAGCAGCAGCAGCGGCAGCAUCAAGAGCAGCAGCGGCACAGGGCCCAGGGCUUGCAUCUUCCAGGGGGCCGCAGGCGAGACGGGCCCUACGGCAAUCACGUUCUCUCUCACGGCAUCCGGGGAGAGGGUCGACACCGUGCGCGCUAAAUGCAGCAAGCAAGCAAGUUCUCGCCCGAGGGUCUACAUUGGGGCCCGCGCCUUGCCGCUCCCCGACGAUGCAAGCCCUGACAGGCAGCGGCCCUGGGCCCAGCAGUUGCGGCGUGCAUGUGCGUAGCGGAGGGGGCGAGCAAGGCCACGUGGAGGAGGACAGCGCGGCGUCACCCAACAAAAAUGCGGCGCCGGCACGCAGGUUGAGGUCGGCCGGUGUCUGGUUAGCGGUCUUUGCUGGCAAGCAUACGGUAGCACAGCACAGUCUGUGGUAGGCCGCAGCAGUGAAGAGUGUUGUUGCUAGAGGAUUUCCUGCUAUUUGGUUUAUUGCUGGCUGCGCUUGUGCUGGACAGCGGGACGUGGCUGGACGCGUGGCGGGCCGUGCCUGUACGAACCGACCCCGGCUAUAGAAGAAAGGGGGGGCAGGUAGAGAUGACGGGUGUACACUGAUUGCAAUGAAUGUAGAUGAGGUAGACGCUUGCGGCCUCAGACUGAGGUGAAGUAGUUUCGAAACCUUCGGCCUCGGACAUUGCACCGACGUGGCAUCGCGGCACAGGCGUGGCGUGGCGGACCUUUCCGCGGAAAGGUCCGCCACGCCACGCGAGUAAAAGACAUCGGAUGGUGCUCGGGCGGGGGUGGCGACUCAUGAGCUCCUUGGGGUUGCGUGUGGCUCAAAUGCCUGUCUGGCGUGGUGGUCUGGGGCGGCAGCGAGCAGGCGGGCGUUGCUUGCCCUGCUGCAGACAUGAACACCACACUGCUGCAUGCAAUUGGUAGGCAGUCGCCUCGGACGGUCGGGGGUGGCUGCAGACUGGCACGGGCCUACCUAUGUGCGUGGGACAUGGUGUCUGCCAUACAGAGCUCUUAAGGCGUGGAGCUGGGGAUGCGUGUGUGGUUGACGUUGGCUGUUCGUGCCCAGCAUGCGUCUGAUUUGACUAAGCAUUGCUGCGCGUGGCGCUGUGGGCCGAGCGGACAGAUGGCUGGUGACGCCUGGUGCAUGUCUGUGUUUACAAGGUGGUGCGCACGAUCUGCAGUGCAGUCCUGCCCUUGUAGCGACCGGAGGGGUCUUGUAACGCCACAAACAU